GCGGGCUUCAGAUAUAUAUUUGUCGGGUCAUGUCUGUUAAUCUGUUUGGUGAACGGCCAUCCAGACCUCCGUGAUUUACUCAUGAAAAGACAAGGAAGCGAAGAAGGAAGCGUCCGCCUGGUAGGUGGACCGACAGACUAUCAGGGUAGAGUGGAGGUAUUUCAUAAUGGAAGCUGGGGCACAGUUUGUGACGACGAAUUUGACCGAUAUGAUGCCCAAGUUGUCUGUAGACAGUUGGGACACAGUGGCGGUAAAUUGACCAAGUUUGCAGCCAGUGAGUACGGUCAAGGAGUAGGACCGACAUGGAUGGAUAGCGUAUCGUGUGAAGGAGAAGAGGGCAGACUCGUGGACUGUGAUUUCCCUGGAUGGGAAAUAGAGGACUGUUCGCAUUUCGAGGACGUCGGCAUCAAGUGCAACCCUGUGGAAGAAGGGAAACUGAGGCUAUCCGGUGGCGUUACACUCCUUCAGGGCAGACUGGAGAUCUUCCAUGAUGAGCGUUGGGGUACUGUGUGUGAUGAUGGAUGGACUCAGGCGAAUUCUCUUGUCGUAUGCAAACAAUUAGGCUACAGCGGAGGGUCUGUCCUUGAACAACCUAUUAGUAGAGGAACAGGUCCAAUCUGGAUGGAUGACGUGCUGUGUUGGGGCGUUGAAGACCGUCUUUCAAAUUGUAAUUUUCCUGGCUGGAAUAUUGAGGACUGCACUCACUCAGAGGACAUAUUAAUUUCUUGUGAUCCACUAGAAGAAGGAACUAUUCGACUGGUUAAUGGUCAAAAUGACCAUCAGGGAAGAGUGGAAGUUGUCCACGACGGUAGAUGGGGAACUGUUUGUGAUGACGGCUUUGACCAGAAUGACGCACAAGUUGUAUGUAGACAACUUGGAUACAGUGGUGGCAGUGCUGUCGGGGAAGCAGUUUUCGGCAGAGGAAAAGGUCCCAUUUGGAUGGAUCAGGUCACGUGUUCAGGAGAUGAACAUCGAUUGGCGGAGUGCGAAUUCUCCGGAUGGAGGGAGGAGGACUGUUCUCAUUGGGAAGACGUGGGGGUGGUAUGCAAUCCGGAGGAAGACGAGAUGAAUGAGGUUGAAUCGAACAAUACACCACUUUAGUUCGGGAGAUCGAGGCAAUGAAUUACUGCCAAGGCAUGUUUAUGUGCGAAGAUAUUCAUUGCUUUACAUAGUGUAUAUAGUAUCGUGCUAAACGGUGUACAUUUGUAUGGUAUUGUCAGGUGCAGAGCCAAAUCAGAAAGAAGAAACAUGGCACAAAACAUUUUACAGAACCUCAAUACGUUACCUCGUACGAUUAUCAACCGGGAUAUUGCGAUGUGAUGUUCUCUGAAUCUGCACAGAGAGCAAAUCAUUACGGGUAUUUAUGUAAUAUCUUACACCUGGCAAUAUCGAUACCGCACUGCGGGAAAAAAGCUAUAGCCCCGUUAAACAUUUCACAUUUCAUUUGCUUGAUGAAUAAAUACGUUGUAAGCAAACAAUGCCAUGCUUGCUAUUUAUAUUUCACGUAAACUUGGUGUAUUAACGUUAAACUUUCCUAAUGCUGAAUUGUUAUCUAAUAACAUUAAUGGAGUAUAUGUUUCCAGUUUGUGUAUUGGUAUCGGCCGUCAGCGAUAUCUAUGUAGUUCAACAACAAAUUACUAUUUAGGAGACCAAAUAGAACACCACGGAUCUUGUAAAUCUGACACUUUACAGAAACAAUAUAUUUAUUGGUCGCAAGAUA